GGUAUAGCAUCUCAAUCAAUGGCGGCUUCCUUCAGGAAAGUGCACUGGGGCCCUAUGCACUGAAAACCAGCCCUCGGUUGUUCAGACGGUUGUGGAGGACACCGGUGUAGCAUCAGCAAGAUGAGUGGUGAGCUGCUUCACAGUGUUGUGGAGAUCCUUGACUCUGCACACCAGCACCGCUACCAGUUGUCAGAGCUGCUUACAAGCCUCGGAGAGCUGAAACAUCAGGUUCAACAAAGUGCAGAUAAUUCCAGGAAUAAAUUAAAAGCUCAUUUUGAUGAGCUGAAGUCUGUGUUGAAUGAAGCGUUGGAUGCCCGGUUGUUAACUCUGACGCAGGAGAUAGACAGUAUUGAAGAAACUGCGAUGACUCCUCUAGGACAGUGUGAGGAGAUGAUACAGCAGGGUAUUGACAACGCAGCUGCUGUCAUGGAGGAAGGUUCACUUCUGCUAAAAAAUGACCCUGAGAGUAAUUUAGAGGGCAUUAUCAAGUUCAAGGACAAUCCCCACACUAAAGGACUUUCAAGCCUGCCAGAAAUUCCGUGUCGAUCAGCUGUCCCUGAUAUUACAGUAGAACUGAGAGGGCCUUUGAGGGAGAAGAUAUGUGGUAUGGUUCGGAAGGAGGGCAAAGUAACUGCAUCAGCUCCUGUUCAGAUCACAGACUUGAUAGAACGUCCAGGAGGACUGAUUGUAAAUUGGAGUGAGGUUGAUGAUGAAGUUGAUGUCACUGAAUUCUGGCUCCAACAUGCAUAUGGCAAUAUAAAGUUUAAUGAUGAUGCCAAUGCUCUCUGGCAUACAAGUUACACCGGCAGCGAUACACAAACAAUUGUGAAACAUCUCUCCACCAAUAAAAUAUAUUCAUUCCGAGUAUGUGGUCGAGCAGCCCCCAAGUCUGACUGGAGUGCCUGGAGCCUGCCCACCACAGCUGCUACUACUAUACCACAUUACCAAUGGCACAGUGAAAGUGAGGCUUAUUGCACUAGUAAUGAAGACAAGACAGCGACUCGUGUCAGCGGGUCGUUGGGAUCUGUUCUCUACUCAGGCGUUCCAAGCAUAUCAUCAGGGGAACAGAUCUCAUUUAGGAUUUUGGACGCCGGAGAAAAAUCAUUUGAUGAUGGUGUUGGAGUAUCGUGGAUGGAUGACCACACAGAUACUCUUCGACGGACAGGAGCUGUUUUUGUAGAUACAGGAGGUAAAGUGUAUGUUGAUGGCCAAGAGAUGAAGACAAAGCUGUCCCCAAUAAUCAAAGGGUCUGUGCUCACCAUUAAGACAGAGCCUCUACCGAACGGGAAAGUGCGAGUAAGUGUAGAGACUAAUGACAAAGAGGUGACAUUUGAUUGGAAGGCUGAAGUGCCGCCAGGUGGUGCUGCUGGUUUCUCAGCGACACCUAUGCUGGGCAUGCCACUGAGUCGACAGUUCUCUGCACAUCAACUGUAUUUUGCUAUGAGGUUUACCCACGAAGACUGGAAGAUUGCUGUGGAAUGAACAGAAAUGUGCAUUGUUCAGUUGUUCACAAUGAAGUCAUCAAAGAACUGAAUAUUAGUCAGAAUUGUUUUUGUUGCUGAAACCGCUGCAUUUAGUGAUUGGGGGGCAUUUAGCGUAUGAUGCGCAUAUAGUCUGGUGCUGUCUGUCCUGUCUGUGUGACUUUGACAACACAUGCAGGAAUGAGCCUAUGAUUAACUCAUUAAAAUCGCCAGUUUCAUACCUUGCUGUGUGAAGAAACUAUCUAUAGAAGGUUGCAUUAGAGUCAUGUGCAAAGUUUCCCUACCCAGUCUAUGUGGAGAAAUACAUGGAUUCUUGAGCCAUCAGAUGUCAGCUUUGCAAGACAAAUUAGAAUCUUUCAUAACCAUCUUGAUUCGUAGAUCUUAUGAAAGAACUCCCAUACACACAUUCUCCAAAGGUUUUGCACUAGCCAUGGCACUGCUCUCCAUGAUUCUUGUUUGUACCUCAGUGCUGAAUUUCUGACUGAACAAUUGCAUGAUGUGACCUCAUGGAUAGUCCGUCUUCACACAGAAAGGAAUCAUCAGAUUGUAUUGAAAUUGUAGAUUAUGGCAGCAAGAUAGUUUAUCAUAAGCCAAGCUCCUCUGGCUAUGUGUUGCCAUAGCACGUGAAUCUCUCGGUCAACGGCUGUUUCACAUACUGGCCACUGUGAUAGGGCUGAAAUAUUGCUGCUGUGGUGUAAAAGCCCAUUUGCUCAUCAUCUGUUUCAGCCAGUCUCAAAGUGUAUCUUUUUCUUUCCUUCACAUUUUCAUGUUAUCAAUUUUAUUGAUUUAUGAAAGACUUACAUUGUUUCUCAGUGAAUCUGUGCAUCACAACUUACAGCAUGUAGAAACUACAUGGUUAUAUGUUGUUGUUCUAGUUGUUAUUGUUGGGGAUGUCUGGAGACGUAGUUGAUAUACAGGAGGCCCAGGUUUAACACAACAAACUUUAUGCUAAUUUCCCAGUCUGGGAUGGAUGCCAGUGACUGUGUUGUAUCAUGAACGAGUCCAGAUGAAUUACUUGUCUUGCUAUUGAAUUGUUCUCAACAUAAAAUUGUGUUAUUUUAUCAGGGACUUAUGCCGUUUAUCUACAGAUGCACAAUUUCACAUUUGACAGAGGUGAUAUGACAAUGUAUAUAUGAUGUGGAUUAUAAUUUAUUUUUCCAAGUUUUCUUAUUUCAAGUGUGAAAAGAUAUGCUCAGUAAGCAACAUUCGGGGGUGUUUUGCUGACAAGUGUAGAGUAACAUCCCUUAGUCUUGCCAGGAUCUGGUGAUCAGAGAUCCCACAUUUACCAAGUUAUGAUUCUCUAAAGUUUUCUCCAACACAGUGGUGAACAUCUAGAACCUGCUUCACUCUACUCCAUGAGAUAUCAUAAUAUAGCUAAAGUACUGUUACAUGGAUAUAACCCCAUGAUGUGACCGCCUCUAUGGUUUAGUGGAUACCUGUCGUACCAAGGUAAAUUAAAAGAUGGUAUUUGUUGUUAAACUGACUUGAUAAGAGAUAAAACAACUAGUCGGUAUACUGUGUGUGAGUGGAGCACACAGAACGAGUGCAAUCUCACUCUAUCUUAAUGUUGAUUUCUCACCUCAAUGUGAGCAGUGCCUAAGAAUCUAUGCCAUUUCGGAAUCAAGUUUCAUUAUGUUCACUUUUUUAUAUUUACUAGUGAGAGUUAUGAACCUGAUCAAAAGAAAUACACUAAAUCUUAAUUUCAAACUUAUGGUGCCUUCUUAUACAAAUUGUCAGAGAUUCUAAAAUAUUUGAGAUUGAAAUUGUGUCAAAAGGUACUACCCACAGACAUAUAGAAUUGUGUAGAUUGUGUGGUAUUUAAUGAUAUUGAUUUAUGGCUGCCAAGGCAGUAAUGGGUGCUUCCUACUUGUAUAAAUGUAUAUGGCAUAUUCAAUAAAAUGCUUGUGUUGA